CGCUCAAGUAAUGCCGAGUUCUGUGAUCACCUCUCGCGGUGGGCAUUCAAGGAGUCCGGUGUUCUUCGUGUGGCAAAUGUUUCUCACCAUAGGGUUGGCGAGUCAACCGCUCGUCAUGAAUACACAAUAACUGAUGAAAUUGUCUACAAAAUUGAUAUUGUAGAAAAGGCUGCUAAUGGAGUUUGGCAUGACUACGUAGCUGAGGACAUUCAGUUAGAACUCGUCCGAAUUGACCCUUUCAUACGUCGAAACCUCCAAUUCGGAGGUAGGUUUUUUACUUUUAUGCGGAUGAAACUGCCCGACGUCUACGGCGUUUUCAAACUGGUAGUGGACUACCACCGAAUCGGUUACACUUCGGUUUUUAGUGCUACACAAAUUUCCGUCAGACCGUUUACGCACACUCAGUAUGAGCGCUUCAUCACGUCGGCCUACCCAUACUACGCAAGCGCUAUAUCAAUGAUGUUGGGGGUCUUUCUCUUCUCUUUUGUUUACCUCUACCUGAAGGAGAGCAAGCCCAAGAGUAAAACAGACUGA